CAUUCGCGACCUCCCUCCCUCGUUCGCUGGCGGCGAUGGAUUCAGGUGGAGGAGGCGCGCCGCCGCCGCCCGCCGCGGACGAGGAGGAGGCGCGCCGCCGACGGGGCACCGACUGCGUCUACUACCUCGCCUCCCCGUUGACCUGCAAGAAGGGGAGUGAAUGCGAGUACCGUCACAGUGAUGCUGCCAGGUCGAAUCCUAGGGACUGUUGGUAUUGGUUUAAUGGCAACUGCACCAAUCAUAAGUGUUCAUUUAGGCACCCGCCAUUGGACGACAUGCUCGGAGCACCAGCAACUCCACGGAUAUCUCAACAAUCUGCACCACAGAUUCCUGUGCUGGCUCAGGCCCCUGCCAUUGGUGCAGCCAAGCCAGGUGUUCCAUGUUAUUACUUUCAGAAAGGGAUGUGCGCAAAAGGAAACUUGUGUGCCUUCUCGCAUGUACCACAGUUUGCUGGAAGUCCUGCUUUGCAUCAGACAGCAAAGGGUUUUGCUCCUGCUGUGCAGCCUCAUCUUCAGUCGAAGAACUCAAACUCGUGGAUAAAACCAAGCAAUUCAGCCCAGCAGAACACAACUCCUGCCAUGCAUGAAGAGGUUAAGGUCAGUGCUCGCAAUGGCGUACCAGCUCAGCAGCAAAGCAGGGCCUAUAACUCUUCAGAAGCUUAUCAGAAUCACAGAAACUCUUAUGUGCUUUCAAGGAGUUACCAGCCACAGCCUUCAGUUGAAGAUGAAACUGCUGAGACCGGUGAAUUUGUCAGGGAACCUUCUGCUGGUUCCAGUGUUGUUGCUGGCAGUGUUGAGGAUGAUGCCGAACGGUCAUUUAAGGAAGUGCAUAACAGUUACCGUCGUACUGGCGUGGAGCAAAACACUGGGAUGCGUAGGCAAACACAUGUUGGCUAUGAAUUAGAAAAGUCGCAUAAAAGCUCAUCCGACAGAUUGCUGUCAGAGAGAAGGCUUUCUUCCCAGAGAGAGUCAGCACCUGUGACUGCAAACAGUUCAGAUUUGCGCCACAGGCUACUGAAGCAAAGAAGGCUCAGUGAUCCAAGAUCGACGCAGGUCCCAAACAGGCAGGAUAGAAGAUACCCUGAAGAUGAGCGCCACAAUGAUCAUCGUCGUCGAGGGGAAGAGCGGGUUACCCAUGACAGCCUCUCACGCUCUCGAUUACAUGGUAGAAUAAAACUUCCAGGGGAGACAUCGUUGGACAGACUUGGCCCAUAUUCAGAGAAAGAGAGACGGCCUAGAGAUAGACUGUCACCACCGAAGCAAACGGACCUUCGGGCGAAGAUUCAUGACAGGCUAAAGGCUAGAUCAACUGAGGACGCACCUGUUAAUAAUGUAAAAAGCUCAGUGGUGAAAGCAAGUAGUGGUGAAGAUGCUGCUGGAGUGGUGAACUUUUCUGGUCCGAAGAGCCUUGCAGAGUUGAGAGCAAAGAAGGUUGCUGCUAACAGCUCAGUGGAACACAGUACCACCAAGAAUGCUGAUCGUACCGUGGCGCCAGUUCGAAUGACAUCUGAGAUAGUCACCAACAAGGUCUCACCGGACCCUGUCCCCUUUGAUGGUCCGAAGCCGUUGAGUGCCAUCCUGAAGAGAAAAAGAGAAGCAGCUUCUGCCGAUUCUGGCAGCAUACAAGAAGAGCAGAUUGCAUGCGAGGAGGAACAGUCUGUGAAUAAUAAUUCCAUCAUCCUCGGAAAUAAUAUAGUCGGAACAAACGCCGAGAACAACGAAGAAGAAGAAGCCUUCAACCCGGAAGAUGACGUGAUGUACGACGACAACCUUUCUCCUGCUGAUGGCAACGCCGCUGAAGCCGCAGCCGAUGUGGUGGAAGAAGAGCUAGAAGAGGGGGAACAGCAGGAGGACCUGGAGACGGCAGAAGAGGAAUAUGAGUAUGAGGCAGCUGACGAUGUCAAUGCCGAAGAAGACAAGGACUACCAGGAGUACGAGGAUGACGACGACGAUCUGGAGGACGAUGACGAUUUUGCACGCAAAGUUGGCGUGCUGAUCUCAUAGUGUGCAAUAAGCUGGGUGUGCCCCCAAGGGCACGCCUUUGUAGACUGAAGCAAAGAGGAGGAGCUACUUCCUCCGAAAAUCUUGAUCUGUAUUCUUUUCGCGCUAGUUACGUUUUAGUUCGCUGCGCUGAGUACCUGGGGGCUAAUAAAGUUUGGUGAAGAUGAAAUAGGUGACAAAGUUAGCUCACGAAGCUGAUAAAUCGAACAAGCAAAGCAGCUGAUACCUGUUGUAUUCUAGUGUAUGUGUGGGUGUGCUCAGAUGAUCUCCUACCUGUUGUAACAUUAUUAUUGAUUAAUUGGUGAACAAAACAGACAGAUUACACA